AUGAGCUACCAGCCUCUUGACUGGUCAACUGGAGACAGGGCUGUCCGAAGGGAAGUCCCUCGGGAUGUUGCUCCAUUACCCUUAAGAGACCCCUUCUCUUUUGAUCUAAAAGAGGCUCUUGACCUACCUCCAUCUACUCCAAGCUCAGCUUCUGCUUCAACUGCUUCUGCUCCAACAUCGAGCAGAUAUCUUGACGGUGGACCCCCAUCAGCUGCCAACCGGCUUCCACCCGUCUACUACCAACAUCAUCAUCAACAACAGCCACUACAGCAGCUGCAGGAAGAGCAACAGUAUCACCAGCAACUUCCAGCGUCACCUGUGGGUAUUCAACGGAUUACCGCUCACAGGGGAUUCAAUAUGGCUUCCACAAACAAGGCCCAGUCGCAAUGUCUCGAGCUCUGUUCCGUCGUUGCUGCGGCUUGCGAUCGAGUGGCAGAGCAGAUGUCUGAAUAUGCGGCGUUAGUCAAGCACUUCCCUCAUGGAUUUGGUCCUCUGGCCCGAGAUGUGCUCGAUACAUGCCAAGUUCUAUUCUACAUUGAGGCGGGCCUCGGCGAAGCUGCACGCAACAACCAAUCCCUUCCGCUUGACAUGAUCACAGUGCUUGAAAAGAAGUUUCGAGCAGCACAAAUCGAUUUCCGGGGCCUUGACCAUGUUGUGGGCAAGCUGCUGGACUCUGAACGGAAAGGCGCGAUGGGCCGUAUGCGUCGUGGCUUUGGCAAGAUGUUUGGGGACAACAGUCUAGAGCGAAUGACACUGACUCUGGCCAAAACUAGAGAGGACUUGAAGAUCAGCGCUCUCAUGUUCCAAUGGAAACUCGGUGCCGAGAAAAUGGAGAGCGAGCUUGGUAUCGGAUACCUUGGCCUUGCCGCUGCUUUGGAUGGGACCGAGUUCCGCCGCCAACGAGCCAGCUCGCUAGCUUCUGAGGAAAAGGCUUCUACAUACCGCUCCCCCAACAUUCCUCAACAGCGAAGCGUCGAAGACCAUCACCUGGCUAUGGCUGCCCAAACGCAGUCACAGCCACCUGUGCUGCCUCCUAUCCCCAAGUCGGAGAGAUCAGUCUACUAUGGCCACGAGUCCGUAAAUGGAGACAGCAAUGGCUAUUCCACGGGAUCAGAGCAAAGUCAUCUUAGUCCAUCCACGAGGUUCACCUCGAGCUCGACUGGAAGCUCUUCCGAUGGUCUACUGGGUAAACGACUAGCAGCACAUGACAGACUGAGCACUUUUGAGGAAACCGUCGAACGAAGUUCUGAAUUGGAUGAUCUGGUAUCAGAUAUCAAGUCUCGUGAGCUAGACAGCUCUAAAGUGCUUCAUCUAGACAGCGAGCCUUUCAGCAUGCCUCGCCAAAAACCUCGCAGCAACGUGGAUGCAGACAGGCCCAACGUCAAGCAAAUCCUGGUAUCUGCAGUACGCGCCAAGGACCACAAGCUUCUGAUGCAGCUUCUUGACCGAGGUGUCUCACCCGACACUGGAGCGGAAGCUCACGCUCUCAAUGAAGCCAUCCUCUGCCAGGAUGCCGAGAGCAUUCGUUUGCUGCUACUCUAUGGCGUGGAUCCCAAUGCCACUGACAGGCAUGGCGUAAGCCCUCUCAUCGCGGCGGCGGAGAAGUCGUACCUGGAUGCAGCCAUCGCACUUCUCAAGUAUGGCGCAGAUCCCAACAUGUCCGUGGGACCAGAAAUGGAUUCACCACUUACUAUUGCGGCCGUGGCCAACAACAUCGGCUUUACCCAUCUACUGCUGAUGUAUGGCGGGAACCCCAACCAAUCCAUGUCCGAUGGCAACACUCUCCUCAUCGGGUCCAUCAGCAAGAAGACGCCGAAAGUUCUCAUUGACAUGCUUCUUAACUACGGUGCGGGACCAAACGAUAAGAACAAAGAGGGCAAAUCCGCUCUAUUUGAAGCAAUUACCAAUGGUAGAGUCGACAUUGUCACGAGCCUCCUUGAACACGGAGCCGAUCCCAAUCUUCCUGGGCCCAAACAUAUGCUCUGGCCAUCAAUACAUCAACCACCAUGCUUACAAGUGCUCCUCAGCCAUGGAGCCGACUUUAAGAAAUGCCCCGGUCUCAUGGAGCUGGCCACAAGUAUCAACAGCAUGGAGUGCAUCAAGAUCCUCCUCAAAGCGGGAGUUGACCCCAAUGCUAAAAAGGACGGAGUGUAUACUCCCCUUUGCACGUCUAUCCGUGACAACCGCAAGGACAUUUUUGAUCUCCUGCUUCGCAGCGGUGCUGAUCCCAACGUCCCAGCCAGUGAAUACCCGUGCUUCAAGUGUGUCACUCAUCACCGAGAGAAGUUCCUCCCAGCUCUUGUUGCCGCUGGUGGCAACCUGAACAGCCCCAAGGGCAUCAUCGAAACGGCAGUGACGUCAAAGAAUGGACCGGCAUUAAAAUGGCUCCUGGAUCAAAACAUUGAUCCCAACGAGAAGAAUGCCAAGGGCCACACCGCACUCACCAGUGCUAUUCGUGACAACCACGUCGGCUUCGUCGACAUUCUCCUCGCCCGCGGCGCAAACCCAAACAUCCGAGGACAAGACUGGCCGGUAUGCAUGGCCGUAAAAAACCCAGAUAUCCUUUCCCGAAUCCUCGCCGUGCUCCCCGAGCCCCGCGCCUUCAAGGGUGUCAUGGAACGAGCCGUCGUCGCCAACCAGCUUGAAUCUGUCAAGCUUCUCCUCGCAGCCGGCGUGUCAGUCGAAGACAAAAACGGCGGCGUCUUCUCCCCGCUCACUUCCGGCAUUCGCGAGUGGCACAAGGAAAUCGUCAUCUACCUCCUCAACGAGGGGGGUGCCGAUGUCAACGCUCCUGGUGAGCACUUGCCUAUCGUGAAAGCCCUCCGCCGAUGUGCCACCGAGCACACUGAAUUCAUCGACAUCGUCCUCGACAAGGGCGCCGACCCGAACAAAAUGUACAGAGGAUGGAACGGCAUGAUGCAAGCCCUUGAGAACGGAGACAUUGAGAUUCUCAAGAAGCUCGCUCAAAAGUGUGGCGUGGACUUGACCGUUAAGGACGAAAUGGGAAGAACCGUCACCGAGAUUGCCAUCUCAAGGAGAUGGGAAGAGGCAGUGGACGUUUUGCUUUCUAAUGCUUUGUAA